AUGAGCGACGAGGAAGGAUGGAUCGGUUUUUUCUUUGGCAAACCAGGGACGGAGUUGUCAGCUACUCCACCGCACUUGCGACUACUGCUGCAAUUUGAUCAGGUACUGACAAGAAGGCUGCUGGACUAUCAUGCUGCUUGGCUCAGCGAGGAAAUGACACCACUAUCGCGAGCUCGAGCAGUUUGGAUAUAUGCAUUGCUGGCUCGGCUGGAUAAACCGGUUCAUGCUAGUGUGGCAGCUACGAUUCGACAGAUUCUACGACGCUGUUGGACGCUGAGAUCUGAGCUUGAAGCACCGCCGGAGAUUCAGCUGAAGUCGCUGAACAUUCUUAUUGUCAUUGCUGGGGAUUUCUUUGGCCAGUUGCAUGACUUGGAGUAA